AGAGAGAGUACUCGUUAAAACAAGUGGUGCGAAUGAAAAUGACGUGCAAACCGCGUAUAUAUAGUAUUUUGAAAAUAAUAAAAAAUUUCGCUCGGCUGUGCGCUAGGCGAUUCGGGCGCUGCAAUAGCGCCAAGCGGAUCGCCUAGCGCACCGCCUAGCGCCGCGAAACCGCCGAGUGCUCGGCGGUUUUUAAUUCCGAAAUCCGCUGGGCGGUUGCAGCGGACCGCCUAGCACCGGCGCUCGGCUAGGCGGUGCGCUAGGCGCAAUUGCGGAUGGCCUUAGCCUAUUCUGGUUUUGUCUUAGCUCAUCUCAUUUGUCACCACUACCAAACGAACACGUCGCCCAUUUUUUUCUAUGAUUGGACAUAGAUGCUACACAUUGAAAUACUUAUGAGCAUUUAGUAUACUUACUAUUUGCACAUAUAAAAUAAACCAUUUUUUAAGAAAAAUAAAUGAUGAAUAAUGCAGUUGAUAAUUAAGUUUGACAGAGCAUUUAACAUCAAUGCAACUAUGCAUAGAAAAUUGCACAUUAUUCCCAAUUUGCAGAAUUAUUCACCAGUUCUAAACAUAUAGUAGUACUAGUACUACAGAAAAAUGAUAAGCAUUAGAUGGAACAAAUGUAUAGGCCUAAUUAGGAUAAGAAUUAUCUUUGGCAAUUCAUAAUUGCAAAAUGUAAAGUGCAGUUUAAUGAUGAUUAAAAGCAAGAAAAAGCACACUUGCUAAUCAUACACAUAAAUAUCUUUCUUUGUUCCAAUAAACCAAAUCAACGGGCAUUAAGAAAAGCACCCCACUCAACAAGGUUACAGUAAAAAUAAAAAAUAAAAAAAUAUCAGUGGAUGGUUCUUGCAUUCAGGGAUUCCUAGGUUGAAUCUGUUUCAUGUUAGUAAUUUAUUCGUACCAGCUCCCAUAAAUCAUGGAUCAAGAAAUUAUGUUGACUGGUUAAAAAAAGGCAGACGGUGGUGCUAUAAAAGCUUGUCUGGGGAGGAAUCUGAGAAAAGGAAGCAAACCACAAUUUUAUUCUUCUUUUUACUGUUUUAGCAACACUUUCUCAAAGUGCGAGGAUGGCCUGACCUGAUUUCACCGCCCUGAAUAAUUUCUGAAAUCUAUGUAGUACAGUAUAUAAUAUUGUUGAUUUGUACUCAUAUCUCAGGUCUCAUUUAACAAAAUUUAACCUACAUGCCUACUUAUGACACUUACUAAACAAAUUCAUGAUCUUCACUUCCAAAUAAGUUAGUACUACUAGUCUAGUUGUUAGCAAAUGUUGUGAUCAAUACACCCCUUUCAUAUAACCUAUCUUCCCACUUCACAGUCACCUAAAGAUAUAUUUUUUUCUCUCAUUCCCAUCAUCUCUUCAUUGGGUGCAAUCGAUGUUUCACUAAAGAAACAUACAAUUACAAGCAUAGAAAAGCAUCGUAUGGGAUAGGCCAAUGCCAUCAAACAUCAUUUGAAGUAAAAGAAAUUUGACUGCUGGACUACCCAAAUCCACUACAUACGUGGCACAACUAUUAUGCAAAAACCAUCAACGCAAGUGAGAUGACCCACCAAAUUCAGCUACAAGACAGAUAGCAGUUUAUAUAACACAGAAGCCUCUGCAGCAGCCACCUAUCUUUGUUACCAAUAAAUUUAAGCUGCGUACUUAACUCUCUCUCUUUCUCUCUAUUAUUUUAUUAUCAUCGUCAUCUCAUUCCCCAAUUCUCCAGCACCCUCUUUUAUCACCACACUCCUCUGCUUCACUCAAACCUUCCAUAAACCUCUACUUCACCAAAAAAUUCUAACAUUUUCUUUUGCAUCACUGCAAAUCCCUAAGUUGUUGCUCAAUAUGCUGGUUUUAUUUGGGGAGUUAUAAUAGCAGAGCUUUUUCAUAGGGAAAUUUAAGCACAUUUUCAAUCACUACUAAAUUGAAGUAUUGAUAAUUUUCAGAAAAAAUAGAAAUUGAGCUAUUAAAUCGAGAAGAUGAGGAAGGUACCUUCUUUAGGAGCACGAGUAGCAACGGCGAUGGCGGAAUUCAAUUCACACUUAUCCCCACCACCAUCUUUACCCGCCUCCAAGGUGGCAGCGGCGCCUGAAUCGCAUCCGGUGAGGUGCGACGCCCAAACAUGCCCGUGGUGGCCGUACUCUAGCUCGAAGGAUUUCAAGGCGAACACGGCGUUGAUCAUCGUGGUGCUCCUGUGCGCUCUGACCUGCGCGCUGGCGUUCAACGCCGGAAUCCGCUACAUCGUGCGGCUGCAUUGCAGGCGGAGGCGGCGCGAGGAAGGCGAGAUCGAGAAGGGGGAGGCGAGCGGGGUUCCAGUUCCAGGUCUGAUUUACGCGGAGGGGAUGAAGCUGGCAGGGGAGGAGACGGAGUGCAUAAUCUGUUUGGCGGAUUUCGCGGUGGGGGAGAAGAUCAGAGUUCUGGAAAAAUGCAACCAUGGAUUCCACCUCAAUUGCAUUCAGAAAUGGCUUAUUUCACACUCGUCAUGCCCUACUUGCAGAACCAAUUGCUCAACCCCUUCGCCUCCAUGAAAACCAUUUCCCUCACGGUUAUUGGCCCCGUUUCAGGCCACCCGCAGCGCGUCACGCGGGUGACCCGGAACCCGUCACGCAGGGAAGGGACGGCAGCGCGACGCGUUGCGGCGCCCCGUCUCGUCCCAAGCCCAUCACGAAACCCGUUCUGCCGGGACGUAACGCGGGACAGCUCGUCACGCGCCGGCCCGCAAGAGGGCGUCGUCACGCUGACGCAAUAAUUAAAUUUUUUAAAAAAAAAUCGAAUUAAAUAAAAAAAUUAAAAAAAAAAAAGUGAAACGGUAAUGUUACCGUUUAAAAGAGCAGUUU